UUGCUGCUCACAACACUCGCGUGUUUGAAUGAAGGAAGGAGCCCACGAGUACCUUCAGGCUCAACUCGAGAAGAGUACGAUAAACGUUGACUAGUAGCUCUGUAAUUUAGCAAAUUAAACGAUACAUUGUUAGCAUUUAAUCCAACGUGUACGAUCAAGGAUUGAGAUUUAGUACAGUAGCUACCGUAAGCAAUCCCGGCUCGUGUCGUUUGUUGUGCUUGCAUGUUAGCUAGCUAGCCAAUUCUGCUAUACUUGCUAGUGCCAAACAAUAAACCAGAUAGUUAAUGUUAUCCAGGUAAAUGUGUUUUUUCUAACAGUUAACAAACUAUUAUCCAGGAGUCCUGUAUAUGAUCAAAUAUGUCCGAAGCACAAGACUUGAGAAAGCGCAGUAAGAGACGCUAUGGCGGUGGACACCGGAGUAAGAAGUACAAGGGUUCCCGGGAGCUCGAGGUGGGCAUGCAAGGCGUCCUCAUCACCUGCAAUAUGAACGAGAGGAAAUGCACCGCGGAAGCCUUCAACCUGCUGAACGAAUACGCCGACCAACUCUACGGACCUGAGAAUUUUAAGGAACCCGAGGAGAGCAGUAGUGAGGAAGAGGAUGAUGAAGAUGUGGAGGCGGCUCUGAAGAAGGAGGUGAAGCAGCUCAAAGCGUCGUCGGGGAAACGGCAGCGGCGCUUCCAGGCCAUGGACAGCGGGGCCAACAACGUCAUCUUCAUCAAGACCAAGAACCUCGACCCUGAGAAGCUGGUGCAUCACAUCUUGUCAGACCUCCACAUCACCAAGAAGAACAAGUCACGAGUCAUCCUCAGAAUGCUGCCGGUGAGUGGAACGUGUAAGGCGUUCCAGGAGGACAUGGAUAAGUACCUGAGUGUGUUCUUAGAGCCGUGGUUUAAAGCCCCCAACCAGGGCAGCUACCAGAUCGCCUUCAAGGCCCGGAACAGCUCCCACAACAAGAGGGACGACAUCAUCAAGGCCCUGGCAGGCCUGGUGGGGAAGAUGAAUCCUAAAAACAAGGUUGACCUGACCACCCCUGAGCUCACCAUCAUCGUCGAGGUCAUCAAGAGUGUGUGCUGCGUCAGCGUCGUCAGGGACUACACUCUAUACAGGAAGUACAACCUGCAGGAGGUUGCCAAGGAGGAGGGACCUAAAGAUGGGAAACAGGGAGAGGUCACCACAAACCAGGAAGAGAUCAAGUCGAACCAGGAAGAAAAGGAUGGGAAACAGGAAGAGAUCAAGUCGAACCAGGAAGAGAAGGAUGGGAAACAGGAAGAGAUCAAGUCGAACCAGGAAGAAAAGGAUGGGAAACAGGAAGAGAUCAAGUCGAACCAGGAAGAGAAGGAUGGAAAGCAGGAAGAGGGAAAGGAUGCCCCAAAAACAGACAGGGAAGGAAAGAGGGAGGAAGAGAAGUAGAUCCCUAUACCAGGAAGGGAGAGAAGAAGAGGGAGGGGAAUGAGGGAGGAAGUGAAGUAGAUCCCUGUACCAGGAGGGAGAGAAGAAGAGGGAGGGGAAUGAGGGAGGAAGUGAAGUAGAUCCCUGUACCAGGAAGGGAGAGAAGAAGGAGGGGAAUGAGAGAGGAAGUGAAAUGGGACUGAUAAACAACUCAAAAGGCAUCUCACAAUGCAGGUGAUGCAGUCAAUGUGUUUUUAGCUAGCUUUACUGUAGAACAGGUCCUAUUCCUAUUGUCCAUUCCAAAUGGAACCCUAAUCCCCAUAUAGUGCACUAUUUUUGACCUGAGGCCUAUGGGUCCCUUGUCAAAAUGAGUGCACUAUGUAGGGAACAGGGUACCCUGUUCCCUUUAUAGUGCACUACAUUAGACCAAGUACCUAUGGAUUCCAACCCUGUCUAUGACAAAAUCCCUUCGGUCCUCCAUUUUGUAUCGUCUCCAACAUGUCCUCCUCAUCGCUGACAGUCCAUUGGUCCCCUCACCAUCACCGAGCUCUUACUGAAAGCUGAUGGGUACAUUUUUUUUUAUUUCAUUAGAUUUUUUAAAUAGAUACAUUUUUUUUUAACAUAAAGGUGUCAUACAUUUUUUAUUUAAAUUCCCUCGUUUUCCAGAAAUCCUGGUCGUAGGGUUCUGAGUUCCCUGCUUAUUCCUUCUUUAUUCAGGAUAUCCUGGUCGUAGGGUUCUGAGUUCCCUGCUUAUUCCUUCUUUAUUCAGGAUAUCCUGGUCGUAGGGUUCUGAGUUCCCUGCUUAUUCCUUCUUUAUUCAGGAUAUCCUGGUCGUAGGGUUCUGAGUUCCCUGCUUAUUCCUUCUUUAUUCAGGAAAUUCUGCAUCUGGGAUUUCUGUAAAACCAGGGAAUUCAUUGAAAGUUCACAGAAUUGUUCAACCCUAGUCACCUGACAGUCUUUCCUCUGUAAAUUAAUGUUAGAAGACUAGUCGUCUAAGUUGACCCAGUUCUUACAGGGCUGGUUUCCCGGACCCAGAUGAAACAUACUCAUGGACCCAGAUGAAACAUACUCAUGGACCCAGAUGAAACAUACUCAUGGACCCAGAUGAAACAUACUCAUGGACCCAGAUGAAACAUACUCAUGGACCCAGAUGAAACAUACUCAUGGACCCAGAUGAAACACACUCAUGGACCCAGAUGAAACACACUCAUGGACCCAGAUGAAACAUACUCAUGGACCCAGAUGAAACAUACUCAUGGACCCAGAUGAAACACACUCAUGGACCCAGAUGAGAAUCUCCAUUUUAAGUGCUUCUUAGUCCAUGGGGCUGUUAUGUAUCAUUUUAGUAGGAGUGCUGAUCUAGGAUCAGGUUCCCCCUGUCCAUAUAAUUAUAUUUGUUAUAAUCUUAAAGACAAAACAGAUCCUAGAUCAGCUCUGAGACCAUUGAUGCGGCCCCAGGAAUGUAAGGCCUGAUCUGAGUGCAGGACUCUCUCGUUUACUGUCCGAUAAUGGAGGUAUACUGUAAUAUACCUUUUUGUUUUGUAGAACAGAGGAACUCCCCCCCCCCAAAAACAGAUCCUUGAAAUAAAGUGAUUUUGUUUUGUGUGUUUUUAUAUUCUCAUUCUCCCUCCACUUUCUUUUCAAAGUAACUCACCAGCUCGGUUUCCAUCUAACUGACGGGAGAUUUUUCAAUGCGAAUAUUGUGAAAAUCUGCAUAAAAACGAUAUGCAAAUUUUCCCACGAGAGAGAGAGAUGUGUUUCCAUCAAACUGACUUGUAGCAGAUAAAAGGCUGUGUGUGAUGACUUGGUGCAUAUGAAAUACAUUGUUUUCAGGGUUUUAUUCCCACGUACCGAUAAUCUGUUUCCGUUGCAUUUUCAGCUCUUGAUAGUUGUCUCACGAGACAUGUUGCGUUGUAUAGCGAGCGAUGAGAUUAUGUACUAAAGAGAGGAAUAUUUUUUAUUUGUCAAAGGGCAGUCCAGCAUCAAUCAUCGUGUCACCGGAAUAAGACCCUCAAAAUGUAUUGAAAAUGAGCAUCAAGAUCACCGUGCUCUUUCGCCACCCUGAGAAGUUCAUGAUUUCUACGUAUUUCAUCUGUAGCCUAAUAAACUGCUUGCUUUCCCGACGAGUCGUAGGGGAGGACCACACACCACGUCAUCGCGUAACUCAACGGUUACUUCCAUGUGAUGGUUAUUAUAUCAAUAUCUGUGCAUAAAAUCCCACCUUGUCCAGCGUAUUUUGUUUUUGUCGACAUUUGGAAAGUUUACCGAAAACAAAUAGUUGUUUCCGUCAGGCCUGUCAUGACAUUUUUACUUAACUCAGAUUUUUUUUUAAAUCAUA